AUAGCUGUUAUCAACUCGGGUUAUUCUUGAAACGUAUUGGAAUUAGUUGUAGAGUCAGUACGAUCUCACAAGUUCGUUGGACAAGACUGUUUGUGCCAUUUGUGAUUAAAUAAUCUGAUGGUUUUAAGCUGAAUUUAAAUUAAUUAAAAAGAAGAUUCAACUCGAAAAAUAUGAAAAUGGACAACCGUGUGUUAACGUUCAUUGUCUUGUGUGUUGUGAUAAAAAUGAUUGAUUCCAAAGUAGUAUGUCUCUACGAUGAUAGUUUAAAAUCAUUUAAAAUCAGACGAAUAACAUGUUACUCAUCAUUAAGUCACAAUGUAUUGAGAAGGGAUGAUCUAUUCAAAGAAGGCGACUAUACAACAGCAACUAUCAGACGUUGUCAAAUAACACAAAUAGAUAUUGACGGACUAUUUAAUGCAAGAUUGGUUUGGGAUCUAAAUUUAUCAGAAAAUAAAUUGAAAACAUUACCAUUAGGAGUAUUCGAUAUGAAUACACGACUGGAGGAUUUAGAUUUGUCGCAGAAUCUAUUAACAGACCUACCCCCUGGUAUAUUUAAUAAAACUCUACUCAGAAAUCUACAUUUACAAGGAAAUAAUUUUAAAAGUUUCGAUACAGGAUUAAUAAGUUUUUCUCCGAGGGAAAUGGUUAGUUUAUAUUUGACUUGCAAUUCUCUAGUGGGUAAAAAUUUAAAUAGCGACAUAUUAUGUGACAUGGCGAUAUUAGAUUUAUCCGGAAACGACAUGAACGAAGUCACAUUCAUGGGAAACGUGAAAAGCUUACAAUAUUUACACAUGAACCAAUGUUCACUGAAAGAAAUGCCAGAGUUUUUAUCGACUGCAAAUUUAAGCAAGCUAUUGGUGUUAGAAUUAUCGUUGAAUGAAAUAACUGCGAUUGGAAAUGGUACAUUACAUAAAUUGGUCCUUUUAAAAUCACUCGAUUUGUCGAAAAACCAUAUAGAAUAUAUCCAUAGAGACGCAUUCGUGAACCUUCCGAUAAUCGAACACAUCGAUUUGAGCCACAACAGAUUGAAUUACCUUGCCUUAGGAGUGUUUCAGAACAUACAUAGUAUAGAAGAACUUGAUCUUUCAUUUAAUUUACUCCGAGAUAUUCAUCCAAGAACAUUCGAUAAUAGUACACUAAAGAAACUGAAUAUUGCUAAUAAUCGAAUAACAUAUUUGAAUCCAAAUCAAUUAACCACAAUGUUGUCAAAUGUAAAAAGUUUAAAGGACAUUGAUUUUCAUGAAAAUCCAUGGCAAUGCGCCUGCUUGAGAGAUUUAUUACACGAAUUGAGAAAUGUCCGUUGCAACUACAAUUAUUAUGCUUACAAUGGUGAAAACGCAGUUUGUGUGACGACACCUGAAUUUGUUUGCAAACGAUAUGACGCCGCUAAUCAAUUGUUUAUUGAUAUGUACGAUGAUUUAAUUGCUCCACGUUUAACAGAGCGAAGACGUGAAAUGCCAGACUUUGACCUAAUAAUGGAAGGAGCACCGUCAGUGCCGGUUCCUUGUCGCCCUCGGCCAGUGGAUUAACUAUCUUGAUGUUUGUAUUGCCGAACAGAUGUACAGUAAAUAAAAAAUGUAUUGUUAUCUUUGUUUUUCUUUAAUAGAAUGAGAAGGAUCUAAUAUUUUUGUACAAUCAGAUGCAUAAAUAUGCAUACAUUUUCGAAUCCUCAGAAACUUGUAUACUAAUAUUACUACUGCAUACUUAUAAAUAUUUUUGAAAUCGAAGGCGUAUACAAGUUGCUAUAGUUUUGUAAAUGUACACUUAUUUAUGAAGUUGAUUGUACAAAAACAUAGUAGAUCCCUUUACUUCUAGAGAAAAACAGAAAUAACAAUAUGCUAUUUUUUAUGUGUUUCGAAGAUAUUUCCUUCUUAUAGAUUUUUCUAAGCUAAAUUCAAGUCAGUUUAUAGAAAAGGAGAUUGUGUAAAUAAACUAAUACUAAUAAAA